GCACCUGCACCCGGGCGCAGGCGGCGGCGGCUCGUCGGUGGGCGAGCACUCCGACGAGGACGCACCCAGCUCGGACGACCUGGAGCAGUUCGCCAAGCAAUUCAAGCAGCGGCGCAUCAAGCUGGGCUUCACGCAGGCCGACGUGGGGCUGGCACUGGGCACACUGUACGGUAAUGUGUUCUCGCAGACCACUAUCUGCCGCUUCGAGGCCCUGCAGCUGAGCUUCAAGAACAUGUGCAAGCUCAAGCCGCUGCUCAACAAGUGGCUGGAGGAGACCGACUCGUCCAGCGGCAGCCCCACCAACCUGGACAAGAUCGCGGCGCAGGGCCGUAAACGCAAGAAGCGCACGUCCAUCGAGGUAGGGGUCAAAGGCGCGCUCGAGAGUCACUUUCUCAAGUGCCCCAAGCCCUCGGCGCACGAGAUCACGGGCCUAGCUGACAGCCUGCAGCUAGAGAAGGAGGUGGUGCGCGUCUGGUUCUGCAACCGGCGGCAGAAAGAGAAGCGCAUGACCCCGGCGGCCGGCGCCGGCCACCCGCCCAUGGACGACGUUUAUGCGCCGGGCGAGCUGGGCCCAGGUGGAGGCGGCGCAUCGCCGCCCUCGGCGCCCCCGCAGCCCCCACCCGCCGCUCUGCACCAUCACCAUCACCACACACUGCCGGGCUCGGUGCAGUGACCCCGCGGGCCGAGCUCCCGCAGGUGCGCGGCGAGGCGCGGGCGCACAGUCCGCCCGCGCGGCCUGGACUCUUUUUGUUCAGUUGCUUUGGAUUUUACAAAACGCCCAGAAACUUUCGAACAAAACCAAACACCCGGACGACCCUCUCCGGCGAGUUGCGAAGACAGCGGAUAAGCUGCAUCGCCCGAGACUCGAGAGAGAGGAGCGAAAAUCCGGAAAGCGCCAAGUCACCCCGGGCAUCCUGCCCGACGCCUGCUCCCUGUCCCCAUCCCCUCGACGACCCCUGCCCCUGCCCCCCGGGCUGUUCGGGGCCGGAUCCCGGCAGCGGCCUCCCCACAGCGACAGGUAACGCGGUGCGGGGUUAGGGAUUCCUCGGGAGAGAAGACGAAGUGAGGAGAGUUCCCCAUCCUCUCUCCCCUGCGCGGACUCCCAGGCUUGCGGGUAAAGGGCGGGGGACUGUCACUUUAUGCGCUCCGCGCCUCUUCUCUCCCCUAAGGAUGCGCCCCACCCCCCUUCCUCUUCAUCCGGGCUUGGUUUUUUACGGUUUUUAUUUAUUCGCGGAGCCUCUCGGUUCUGGGGUCCUUCUAACUCCGCCCGCGCCCUUAAUUUAAAUCGCUGUAUACUGUAUUUAUCGGGGCCCCGGAGGGGAGGCCGCGAGAGCCGCGUCUGUGUAUAAAGCAGGAAAUAGCCAAAGCUUUAAUCUAGCCUAAUUUAUUUUUCCCUUUACCUUCUCCUACCCUCCCCUAAAAAAGCAAAACAAAACAAAAAAAAAAAAAAAUUCGAGUGUUCAUUUUUGUUUCGUUUUAUCCGAGCCCCGGCCGGGUUCCCCGCCAAGCUGGAGGGGUCUGCGCUCCCACACACACCGGGAUGGGAACGGGCUUCAGCCCCGCUGCAGACUGACCACCGCACCGCAGGGCUCCCACUCCCCGCGGGGCCCUGCCCUGCUGGCCACUAACAAAACGAAACUUGGAAAAGUUGGAGAUAUUUUUUAACCAGCUGUAGAAAUAAGCCGUUCCCCAAGAACCUUCUGCCUGAUUCCCUGCAGCUUCCCUCAGCUCCUUUCCAGCCUGCUGACCCCCUGGAAUGUAGGGUGCUGGGGGAUGCAGGGAGAGAAAUUCCCCAAGUUUGGGGUGAGGAGGGAACCAUGUAAAUAUGUGAGAUAUGUACACACUGGCGGGGAGAAGAAACAUUUUGUGCUUGGUUUUUAUUUUUGGUUUUCUGGGUUGCCCCUCUACACCCCAUCCUAAAGGAUUUUGUAUACAACUAAUAUCCAAAAAGAUAUUUUAAUGAUUUCCGGAUUUCUAACCCAUCUCUAUUUAUUUUCUGGAUGUGUUUGGAGCUUCCCCCUUUCUCCAUUUCUUGUUCUGUUUGUUAUAGUUUUGAAUUUAAAUUUUGUUAUUUUAUUUUUAUUUUUUGGAACAAUGUUUUGGUGCAUUCUCUUUGUAUCUUUAUUGCAAAAAAAAAAAUGUAGACUGGGAAGUUCCCUUUAUAUUUAUGUUAUAGUAAAUAU